CCAUUUUUUUCCUUUUUUAAUGUGUGCUAUUGCAGGCCGGCGCUGCAAUUUUGGAAUCUGCCCUUGUGCAUGGCGGACGAAAAAAAAAAAACCCUCCAGAACAGCGACACAACCUCCUCCCCCAGUGCAAGCGUCGUAAUCGGACAAGCCCGCACGGUCCGGACUGUCGUCUGAUUGAAGACGCGUUACGUUAUUUGCUCUAAAAAAAAUGUAACGUAGCGUCUCGAGGCGGCGAGGGGGGGGCACACAAGACUGGAGGGAAAUUUCUAACAUUUUUGAAUUUCCUCAUAACUAAUUAACAUUUUCACUCCCCCGGAGGAGGAAGCCGUUGUUGCAGUCACCCCUGGCCGGGGAGAGAGGCUUUUUCGUCGGGAGUAUUUUCGCAUGAUCUGCGGAGCUUUUGGAGGGUUAGUCAUGAGUGCUCAAGAGUCAGCCAAUGCCAACAAGGAACCGGGGAGCAAUGGUCCCCCAUCCACAUCUGACAUCACCACCCAGAGGCCUGGUUCACCUCCAGUCACGAUCAAGAAGGCACCGGGCUCUGCGGAAACAACCAAUGAAAAAUCUGGAGACAGCAACCCGGCAGAAAUAUGCAUUGGCGGAAAUAACGUCAAACUGAGCGGAGGCAGAUCUUGCAGGGGCCAGACCGAGGGGUUAGUCAUGAGUGCUCAAGAGUCACCCAAUGCCGACAAGGACCCGGGGAGCAGUGGGAGCAAUGGUCCACCUUCCACGUCCGUCAGCACCCAGGCACGUGGCUCAUCUCCAGUCACGAUCAAGAAGGAACCGGGCACCGCGGAGACGACCAAUGGCACAUUCGGUGACGCCAACCCAGCAGAAAUCUGCGUCGUCAUCGGCGGAAACGACGCAAAACUGAGUGGAGGCGGAUCUCGCAGGGGCCAGACCGAGGGUAUGUUUGCCCUUGGUACUCCUCCUCCAACCAAGAGCACAGACUCAUGCAUAGGUUCCUAUGUGUGCGGGGUUUGUGGGAAGAAGUACAAGUAUUACAACUGCUUUCAGACGCAUGUCAGGGCACACAGAGAGUCUGAGAGCAUGGUUGCAGAUCUUCCACCAACGCCCAACAGUGGCUUCCGUUACUCCUGUGACAUCUGCGGCAAGAAGUAUAAAUAUUACAGCUGCUUCCAAGAACACCGUGACCUGCAUGCAGUGGAUGAUCCUUAUGAGCAGGUCAUGAUACCCAUCGAUGGCCUUAAAGAGGAGGAGCCGGUUGAAUCCUAUCAUAAAGUUGGACCAAAAACGGGCAGUUUUGUUUGCGAGUUCUGCGGGAAGCAGUACAAAUAUUUCAACCCAUACCAAGAGCACGUUGCCCUCCACACACCCAUGAGUUCCUUUGAUGUGAAGGCAUCUCAGGUGCAAGAGUGCGGGAGCUUGGACAUGAGUAAAUUUAGCCACAGCCAAACUGAUAAGAUAAAGAGCAGUCAGUUCAGAUGGAAACUGGAGAAUGCAUUACAGUCCAGCCUGGUUGACACAAACAGUUCACAGAAUUCAAGUGGCACGCCGAGCCCUCUGGUGGCCACUUCUUUCCCUACACCUCAGAAACCCUACACUUGUGGUGCCUGUGGCAUCCAGUUCCAGUUCUACAACAACCUGCUGGAGCACAUGCAGUCGCACGCUGCUGACAACGAGAACCAUACCAAAGGAGACUCUCCAAAACCCUCCUCAGCCUCGGGUCCUCAGGAGCCGCUCUGGAGAGUGACUCCAGCUCAGGCCCACCACCCCUCAGUCAAACUACAGAUUCAACCUCAAAGUCUCGUCCAGAGGAACCACAAUGUCACUCAAAAUAAUGGGCUACCUGAGAAGGAGCGUCUGCAGGUGGCUGAGCGUCUCUUACGGGUAAUGUGUUCUGAUUUGAACAUGCUCAACGUGCUCAACAGCAAGGACUUCCUCAAGCUGGCGCAAACGCUGGUGGACACGGGGGCACGUCACGGUGCCUACUCCACUCGUGACGCCCUCGGCAACAUGAGUGCCUUGGCGCUUCGUCAGCUGCCCCGCAUGUACAACCAGGUCAAAGUUAAGGUGACGUGCGCUCUUGGCUCCAACGCCUCGCUAGGAAUCGCAGUCACCUGCCACUCCCAGGCCUCAGGACCGGACGCUUGCUAUGUUCUGACGGCGUACCAGGUGGAGGGCUCGAGACUCAAACGAUAUGUGCUAGGCGUGCGGGAGGCCGAGCUCAGGGAAGGGCCGGAGCAGAUUCACCACUGGGUCCAGAAUGUGCUGUCUGAGUUUGUGAUGUCAGACAUUCGCACCGUCUAUGUGUCAGAGCCCCGUCUGGUGUCGGCGGCUGGAUUAGGGGCGCUCGGAGGAAGGGGCCGGAUAUGCUUGCGCUGUGCGGGUUGUUCGCUCGGCGCUGUGGUCCAGGCCGUCCUGGGUAAGCGAAGCCUGCAGGCUCGUGGACUUCAUGAGUUGGCCGAACUCCUCACCACAUGCAAGGACAUCUCCGCCUCCACUACGUUGGGGGUCAGGCAGGAGCAGUACACCAAUACUUCCCCAAGCACCAAUGAAGGAGCUCAGGGGAGUGCCGCCCAGUGCCCCACACCUCCGUGCUGGGACCAAACGACCGAGGCACUUCUGAACGUCCACGCCCACUUUGAGCACAUCUGCGAGACAUACGGACGCAACAAGUCCACAGCACCGCUGCUCCAGGGCCUGAACAAGCAUUUGCUAGGCACGUUGACAUGCCUGUUGGCUCCUCUGCGCCUGGCAGCACUGGAGCUGAGCAGCCAGAGGAGACCCACCCUGCAGCAAGUGCUUCCCGUCUACCUUCGCUUGGAGAAGUUCUUCACUUCCAAAGCCGGAGAAGCAGGAACCGGCAUGGCCAGCAAACUGUGCCAUUAUUUCCUAGAAGCCCUAAAGGAGAACUUUAAGGUUGAGCGGGUCCACCAGGUAGCAAUGGUGUUGGACCCUCAGCUGAAGUUACGUUCAGUUCCUGCUUACCAGCAUGAGGACAUCAUUUCCCGAGCAUGUGAACUUACUGCCGAACCCAGGGACGGGGGCAUGACCGGUUCCGGGGCGUCGUGUGGCGAUGAACGGGAGAGUGACGGCCCGCCGAUGCCCAAAAUAACCCGAGUCGAAGGAGCCGGAAACAACGGCGGCCUCACGAGGGUGACUUUGUCCGGCAAUGAUGAGAGUCACAGCCUGGUCAGGCAAGAGAUCUUCCAGUACCUGGCGGAGCCUCUCCUCCAAGGCACCACCGAUCUCUUCCACUACUGGAGCUCGACGGUGGGCGACAAAUUCCCUCGGCUCGCCCGCCUGGCCCUGUGGCUCCUGGCUGUGCCUGCGGUGGGCGUACGGAGCGAAUGCAUAACUGUGUGCGAGCAGAGCUUGGCCAUGAAAAGGAGGCAGCAGGUAACCGCUGAAGAAAUGAACAAACUAAUUUUCCUUCGCUCCAACAUGGGCUAACUGACCAAACCUUCACCUCCCACCAGAGACUUAUUGAUAUAGGCUUAGAAAGACGUGAAACAUAAGUGUGUAUGGCCAGACAAAUAAUGGCCUUUUUUUUUUUUUUUUUUUUAAAGUAGAACGCGCUCGGAACAAUAAUGCUCAUCACCUAUUGUACAACACACAGAUAUGGAGAAGUUCUGUGCUUUUUGGGACAAAAUAGUAGCUGUUUGAGUGUCAGAGGAGCUUCUCCAGUCUGGCCUGAAGACUCAACUGCUUUAAAGGCUACAUGCUGUUAGACUUGCGGGAUGACAGGUAAGGUCAGUAAGGUUGGAGGAAAUGAAUACUGUAGUUUAUGCAGUAGACAGAUAAUUUUCUCACAAAAGGAUUCAGAAUUUUUUACUGCCUUUUUGCACCUUUCGACUCACUACCAAAUUUAUGGAUUUUUUUCCUUUCUUUUUUAUCAAGCAGCCUCCCCAAAAUCUGCUUAACCACAAACCCAUUUAUUGCAAAAGUGUAGUAUUCUUUGAAAACAAGCUUUAUUCCUUCCUCAUUUCCUUAUCCGCUUGUUGUGUUUUUGCGUUGGAUUUACGUUACAUUUACGCUACAUCAAAAUGGGCUCUUGGCACAAAAAGACCCGCAUGGUCAUAAAGCUGCUGGGUCUUUUACAUUCUAAAUAGAAUGGCAUUGUUCCUAAUGCUGUUUUUACAGGACUUGCGAUUGAGGAUUUGCAUUUUAAAAAUCAGAUUUCACCCUUUUUUUUUUUUAACCUAUUUUACUUAAAUGAACACCACUGAAUCCAGUAAAUGUUUGUAAUCCAAAUAUCGACUACUUCGUAAAGGAGCCAUAUGUAAGAUUGGUGACCAAAAAUUGUAAUGCAACCAGAUUCAAAAUAUUGAAGAGCACAACCUUUGGGCUGUCAAAUAAGCGCUUUGCAUUCUAAUUUGACUGGGGUGCUGGCACCGAUCAAAUGAUCGCUACCAACCCUCCCAGUCAAAAUGGAUCGGACGUCUAUCACUGUGCUGCCGAAGGCAGCCAAUAAGUUAAAAGGCUGAAACUUGACCGGUAACUCAAGAUUUUGAGUGUGACAAAACCGAAACGCAAAAGAAAACAGAACGCAAUGUCAUGGGGUUCUGUGCAAAGAGCCCAAUGUAUCAUUCAUGCAUUGCGAAACGAGGCGCCGUUUCAUUCCGCUACAUCUGAUGGCCGCGUUGCUUGACUUGUAGGUUUGCGUAACAGUGAGCCUAUGGGAUUUUUAUUGCGUUAACAACAAGUGUCAUACAUUGGGUAUUUAAUGUAUUCAAACAGCAAGGCAGUUUUAUCUACGUCACUGUUAAGAAACAUGCUAACCUGCUGUUGCUUUUAGCUAACGUUUUUUCCACUGUGAUAUUUACAGGUAAACAUUCAUUUGAAUAGCCAUCAUUCUGGUAAAUAAUAUAGGAACCUUUUGUCUUUUUUUAAAUUGUUUUUUAUCUCUAUAGGUUAGUCUUCCUAAAGUGGGGCUUCAUGUGUUGAUUACUUAAAGGCAAUAAGUUGUAUGAUUCAUAGAGGAAACAGAAAAGAAUGUACUAAAAACUCUUUGUAAAGUGUCAAUGGCUUUCUUUUUGUGGAAAUGAAAACUGAAAUCUCUCGGACAGAAAUCAUUGAGCGUGCCAUUUCCUCGCUGUACUUGGACCCCAAUAUUGAGGUACACGUGCACCCUAAAAAUAAGGAUUGUAGCAUCAUUUAAAACAGUCUAGGGCUUUCGCGAUUGAUUUUUUUUUUCUCCCGACCGGUUUAUCAAAUAUUUUGUUUUAAAAUGUAUUGCAAAAGUUUUACAAACUACUGUUCAAUAAGUAAAUUACAAAUAAGCAACAUUUAACUCUUUCAGUGCCAAUGAUGCAUGCCCAAUCACGUGGCAUCCAACCAUCCUGCUGUGAAUUUAAAGUCAUCACACUGUUGGGAGUGAUAUCAUCACCGUUUUUUAAACUGAGAGCUACUUCUUAGAUACUUGGAUACUGAUUCCUAUAGCUAGAUACACACUUCUGAAGCUGUUUCAGGCACUUAUGACAGUUAUUUCUGUAAAAAAACAAAACAUCGCUGUGUGAUGAUUAUUCAAAUAUUUAAUAUACUCAUGGCAACCCGAGAUACUUGCAACAUACAGUGCUUAAACAAUUUCUUCAAGGGGGGAAUUGUUUCAAAUAAGUCAUAGUAGAUGAAUUAUAGUGUCAUAAUUAGUUCAGUGAGAUAACAUGGUUUGUUCAUUCAGUCAUCUUCCGAUCAGUUUAUCCUCUCUAAGAUCACGGGUGUGCUGAAGCCUAUCCCUGCUAACUAUGAGCAAUAGGCAGGGUACACCCUAAAUUGGUCGCCAGUAGAUUCCCAUCACGAUCAGUCACCAAGGUUCACAAUCGACACAUAAUAAAUCCAAGUUUUUUUUUGUUUUUUUUUUGUGCUGAAUAAUUCCUCCUUAACUCAUUGACAGUGAUAGAUGUCUAAUCGGUUUGAAGAAGGAAGGUUGACAGUAAAUGAAUGAACGCUCAUUUCCUCCCGAUUCAAAUGGACUGGCAUUAGAAUGAUGCCUGCAGGACAUCUACCAACAUCAAUGGCACUGAAAGAUUUCUAGUUUCCUGAUUUUUUUUUUUUUUUGUACUUUUAUAUGAUAAUGUAUUCUGCAGUAUUCAAUUUAAUACUGGAGUAAUCUGUAGAAAAAUAAGAUGAUAAAAAUAAUAAACCCAUACUGUAGACACCACACCAUUUUUUUAAAUGUAAUUUUUUAUAUGACAAAUAUAUUUUAUAGGUUUUUGACAAACUGAAUUUUGUCGUUCAAAACUACAUUUUUAUUUAGUGAGUUUUGAAGGGUAACCUGAUCAUUUGCAAGCAAAAUUUGAUGAUUCAAGAUUUCUUGGCGUGACUUUUAAUUAUUGGGCAAUUAAUCGAUGACUGAAUAGAAGCUUUACGGCUUUAAGAUUUAAGUUUAUAAAUAGAUUUCUUUAUUUUAAUGAAUUUAUGGUAAUUGUAGACAUUUGAGGGGUUUUAUUUUUAUUUUCACUUUUUUUUUUUUUGAACCAAUUUGCAGCUAUUGUAUUUACUGUACAUUUGUGUGUUUUUAUUUAAAGUACACAUUCAGUAUUGAAAAAGAUAGAACUCCACAUGCACUAAUUUUGUGUCUUCCUGAAAUUAGACUAUUCAGAGCCUCUGCUCUCAUCCUGGGUCAAUAGCCAGUCUGGCAUUCGUUACUAUGGUGACGGGGGGCUGAUUUUCCAAUACACAUGUGCCCUUUUAACGCUUGAUACCUGAAUUUACAUUUAACAAAUAUACAUAAACCAUUGGAGGAAUACAUAAGUACAUAAAAUUAUCAAUUAAAAAUAUGCAUACUAGACAAAGAAAAAUGAAAGAAAGUUAAAAAUAAAAAUAUGAAAAAUGUAGGAAAUUCAAAAUUCAUGUACAAAAUUUAAAAUGUAUUAUAAUUAAAGGAGUAAUUGGUUAACUCCUUUUUAAUUUUCUAUAUUAAAUAUAUUUGGUCUUUUUUAAAUAUUUUAGAUUCACUUUGUAUAUUAUAAUUUUUAUUAUUAUUUUAAGUUUUAGUUGUUUUCCUAUCUAAAUGUUAUUUGCAUGUGCAUUAUGCAUUCCCCCAAUGCUUUUUGAUGUAUAUUCGUUAAAUUGGCAGCACGGUGAUUGAGUGGUUAGCACGUCCGCCUCACAGUUCUGGGAUCAAGGUUUCAAUCCAGGUCUCUGGCCAUCCUGUGUGGAGUUUGCGUGUUUUCCCUGUGCUUGCAUGGGCUUUCGCCACCUACUACGGUUUCUUCCCUUUUGAACACUCCAAACUCUCUCUAGGUAUGACUGUUAGUGUGACUGGUUGUUUUUUAGCUGGGAUAAGCUCCUGCAACCUCGCGACCCUUGUGAGUAUAAGUAGCACGGAAGAUGAACGAUAAAGUUGUAAAAUUCAGGCAUCAAAGGGUUAAAUGCUACGUAACCUAACCCAGGGGUUUUCAACCCAGUCCUCAAGGCACACUGUGGGUCCUGGUUUUUGUUCCAGCCGAUCCAGCAGAGACAGUUGAACCAAUGAGGCUUCUGCUAAAACAAGCCACACCUGACUGCAAUCAACUGAUUGCACUUGUAAAACACCAGAUUGGGGAAAAAGUGUUGUCAUCUUGUUUGGUAAGAAUGAAAUCCUGCACCCACAGUGUGCCUUAGUGGAAUAGGUUGGGAACCCCUGACCUAACCGAUCGCAAAGUUUACCUCAUUGGUCUUCUGUGGACUAUAAGCUAGUUGAGUAAACCCCGGCGCCUCUGCUGUUUGCAGUAAGUCAUUGCACUCCAUUUCGCCUCAACGCUAAACUGUCAACCAUUCUUAGACAUUAUUAAUCCUUAUGUGAGAACCAUUGAUGAGACAAGAUGUUUGUCAUUUCAAAUACACCAAUUUAAUGAUUUACCUCAAUAUUCAAAAGGUAUAUUUGCUGCUCGUUGUCCUAAAAUAGAUACGUAAAUUCAAUGAUUUGAAGGGUUUUUUUUUUUUUUUUUUUUUUUUUUUUUCCUGCACCAGAAAUAGAUGAAGGGAUCUCUAAUAGCAUUUCUAAAGUAUGUAUUUAUACGCUCUGGGACAAAAAUGCCAUUAGUUGACAUCAUGACGAUUGCGUCAACGUAGUCGAACCCUAGAACUUGCAUUCUUUUAUGUUGCCAUUAAAUGGGAAUUCUAUCUAAAAAAAUAAAUAUGCAUGCGUUUUAAUGAGAUUAUAUGAUACAGUUUGAAGCCAGUUUUUUAAAUUAUUAUUAUUAUUAUUAUUAUAAAUGUCAGACCGAUUUUGAGCCUCUAGGGUUAGGAGAAAGGCGGCCAAGGUACUGCUGAUCAGAAGGCUGGUGCGAAUGUGUGGUCGACGUCAUCCGUUCCUGAGGAUGUAUUAUGUAAAUAUGAGAGAACUGCUGUUUUUAUGCCACGAGGGGGCACCGUCAAUUCAGAGACACAGUAGGGAGCUCCGAUAACAUACCUCUUUUUUCUACAGUAGCAUUUCAAGGAAAAUAAAAUAUAAAGUUUUUUUCUUAUGAUCGAAGAACUCAACUUAGAUACUGUUAGCCAAGCCGCUGUAAGUUUGAUUUUAACUUAUUCAGACAACAAUUGUAAAAUAUGCUAACACUGAGAUGUGUUCUUUUUUUGGAUUCUUGUCUGCAUUAUCAAAUCAGGUUUAUAACCGUGUAUUGCUUAUAAUCCUAUUUUAUAGGCGUUUUUCUUCAUUUUCUACUGUUACUCGACACGUUUGAUCCUUGUCUUUUUUUUUUCCUAUGUAGAUUCCCUCUUGAGUUGUCUUAUUAGUAAACCUAAUUUAUACUUUUGUAGCAACACUAUUUUUAUAUAAUGGCAAAGUAAGGGUUCAGUGUCUUUUUUUGGUUGUUGUUGUUUUUGUCAUUUAAUGGCAGCGCUGUUCAAAACUGUUUCUGGACUACAUAACCCACUGUAGUAUGUGAUGUGUGAAUAAACUCCUAAUCUGU